AUGAGCAAUCCAAGCAAUCCAUACGAUUUCAACAAUGUUUCUCAAUAACCGCCUCCUUCAGCUUACAAGAGAAACUAGAUUGGUUCUAGAGCUCAGGUCACCACUGCCAUGAGAGCAGUAGGAACCGCUCAGUAAAGAUUAGGUACUGCAAUGAAAUCUAACGCAGCUGUGGGUUUCAAGUCCAAGCCACCUGGUCAGGAGAAAACAGGCCCAGCUCCCCCACUUGAAGUCAAAAAGGAAAAGACAGAGGAGGAGAACUUUAAGGAAAUGGAGGAAGAAGUCCACAGACUCUUAGAAGCCUCAGCAGAAGCAAAGCUCAAGAAAGACUUUAACUUGGCUCUUAACAAGGCCAAAGAAGCCGCAUCUAAGGAGAAAAAGAUCAGACAGCUGAGGGAACAAAAUAACAGUCUAGACCAAGUAAACAUUGACCUGACCUUCUAUGUGUUCUACAAUCUCGCGAAUAUGUAUCAUGCGAAUGGUUUGCACCAAGAGGCACUGAACUCUUACACUAUCAUUUUGAAGAACAAGUAAUAUCCCCAGGCAAGUAGACUAAGAGUCAAUAUGGGCAAUAUCUACUUCGAGUAGAACAAAUACGACUAGGCAAUUAAGAUGUACAACAUGGCUCUUGACUCAACUAUGCAGCAAAACAAGGAAAUGAAGAUGAAAAUCAAGAAGAACGUGGGCUUAUCCUAUGUCAAAUGGAAGAAAUUCGGCAAGGCCAUCGAAGUGUAUGAGGAUAUAAUGAAUGACACUCCAGACUUUGACGUUGGAUUCAAUCUUAUAGUUUGUCUUUAUGCUCUCGGUGAGAAAGAUAAGAUGAGAACCUGGUUCGAGAGACUGCUUAUGAUCGAUAUUCCAGGCAUUGAUGAGGAGGAACAAGAAGAAUUGCUUUAGAUGCAAAAUAAGAUAGAGAAGCCAGUAGGUGAACCUGACCCACUGAAGGAAUACCUUAAAGAAAAGAAGAAGGAAGCUCUUCAUUAUGUUUCCUCAGCUGCUAAACUAGUUGCUCCAAUGAUUGAACAAGAUGUUAUUGUUGGAUACAAUUAUGUGAUCGAGGCUUUGAAAGCUGCCAACUUGCCAGAAGUAGAGUCAGAGCUCGAGAUUUCCAAGUCAAUCCACUACAUCAAGAACAAGGAAAUCGAGAGAGCCAUUGAGUCAUUCAAGGCUUUUGAGAAGAAGGACAAGAUCAUGAUGGCUAUGGCCUCAAAUAACAUCUCCUUCCUCUACUUCUUGGAGAACGACUUCAAGAGUGCAGAGCAAUUCGCUGACUUGGCUAUCCAACAUGACAGAUACAACUCAAAGGCACUUGUGAACAAGGGUAACUGCCUCUUUAUCAAUGAGGAUUACGACAGGGCAAAAGAGUUCUUCCUUGAAGCCAUUGGAGUAGAGGCUGACUGCAUUGAAGCCAUCUACAAUCUUGGAUUGGUAUACAAGAGACUCGGAUACUACAAUGAGAGUCUACAGGCAUUCGAGAAGCUACAUACAAUCAUCCCUAACAGUUAUGAAGUCAUAUAUCAAAUUGCUCAUGUUUAUGAACUCAUUGGUAUGAGAAGACAAGCCAUCAAGUGGUACAAUAUUCUCAUUACAAAGGUUCCAUCAGACUCAGAAAUCUUGGCAAAGAUGGGUUACCUAUACUAGCAAGAGCAGGAUGAAUUCUAAGCAGUUCACUACUAUCAAGAGUCUUUCAGAUACAACCCAGCCAAGAUCGAUGUCAUCUCUUGUCUUGGUAUGCACCAUGCCAAAUAAGAUCAAUUUGAGAAAGCUAUUAUCUAUUUCGAGAGAGCCUAUCAAAUUCAGCCAAAAGAAGUCAAAUGGCAACUUAUGAUAGCCUCGUGCUACCGCAGAAUGAACUUGUUCAACGAAGCUCUUAAGGUCUACGAAGACAUUCAUGCUGAGGCACCAGAUAACAUUGACUGCCUUAGAGGUCUCGUGCAAAUCAGAAAGGAACUAGGCUUGAAGUAUCAACACUUCUCUGAGAAGCUUAUGAUUCUUGACAGAGAGGAGGAAGCUAAGAAGGACUUCGAGAGAGGACAAGCUGGUUAUGGCAAUGAUCCAUACUAUGGUGGCAACCCAGGUGGUUAUGACAUGAACGAUCAAAUGAGAGGAGUCGUUAGAGAAGCCCCUGAUAUGUCUGAUGUUGGGAGACCCCAACAACCUCGUAAGUUUGCAGGAGGUAAGAAACCACAAAAUGAUGAUGAAGAUGACAACUGGGGUGAUACUGGUGCUCUCCUUGAUUGA